AAAUACUCAAAGGUGGAAAGGUGAAGCAAAUUGAGUGGGAGACUCACUCUUGUAUGGUGCCUGCACCCUAAAAUACUAAUUUUGAGCUUUCCACAAUCAAAGUCAAUCCAAAGAUGUUCGGAGCUCAAGCUUCCACUUCUGCCUUCGGCACUCCUUCUUCCACCCCUGCCUUUGGCACUCCUUCUUCCACCCCGGCCUUUGGAACUACUCCUUCCACUCCGGCUUUUGGGGCUCCUUCUUCCACACCGGCAUUUGGCACUCCGUCUUCGACACCGGCGUUUGUCACUCCUUCUUCGACACCGGCCUUUGGCACUCCGUCUUCGACACCUGCGUUUGGGGCUCCGUCUUCGACACCGGCGUUUGGAACUCCGUCCUCGACACCGGCUUUUGGAACUCCAUCAACGCCGUCUUUCGCUACGGGCUUUGGCGGCUCCUCUCUUUUCUCCACCCCAUUCUCUUCUCAAACGCAACAGCAGCAACAGACUUCAUUGUUUCAGCAACCACAGCCAUCCAUCGCGGCACCCUCUAGUGGUUUCGGAUUCCAGACUUCGUUAUCCGCCACUCCUUUCCCCAAUGCUCAAUUGACAACUCAAAUGGCUCCCGUGGCCCCUCUCCCCUUCUCUCUCGCCGAUCGUGACAUUCAAGCGAUUGUGGAUGCUUACAAAGAGGAGGCUGGGAACCCUAAGUAUGCUUUCAAGCAUUUGUUGUUUAGUGUAAUUGAACCACAGUUCAGGGGAAAGGCAGCUGGUGUAUCAGAUAUAAUGUGGGCAGAAGCUAUGGCGAAACUGGAGGGUAUGGAGAGUUCUGAUCGGGAAAGACUCUGGCCUCAGCUUGUUCAGGGUUUUAAGGAUCUUUCACAGCGGUUGAAGCUACAAGAUGAAGUCAUUGUUUCAGAUGCUGAGAGGUUGCGAAUGACCCAGAGCAAUGUGAAAAUGCUUCAGAGGCAUUUUCAAGCUGAAACUCUUCCAUGGAUCCAGAGAAUGAGACAAAAGGAGCAAAGCCUCCAAAGACGGCUCUUAAAGAUGAUGAGAAUACUGGAAGCAUUAGAAGGUAAGGGUUGCCGUGUGCCUUUAAUGAAAGGGGAAGUUGAAUUGGCUGAGAAGUUGGCUGCAAUAACUAGACAGUUGAAAGGAUCUGGAGCCGAACUUUCUAGGAGGGUUCAAAACCUGCUAAUCGUAUCUCGUGUUCAAGCAAAUGCUAUUGGUGCUGGAGGUUCUCUUUAUCUUCCAGGAUCAACUAAAAUACAUGAGCAGAGUCUUGCCGAUAUGCAGGAGGUAUUACAACAGCAAACAGAGGCCAUUGCAAGGCUUGGCAACGUUUUGAAGCGAGAUAUCAGGGAUAUGGAGAUAAUAAUGGCUGAAGACACGGAUAUGACGGAAAAUGUGAAUUAGACGGCAGAUCCCUCUGAAUCAUGGCUGAAAACAAAAACCCGUGGGCUGCCAAGUAGAAGUGAAGCAGAGGCUUAAUUGUACAAUGAUUGAUGGAAGUAUGAAAGAGUAGCCUUUCUCGUGGCCUUGCUUUCUCACGAGCAGUCUUAACGAAAUUCGUGGGAAUAGGUUCUUAAUGCUGGAGCUGAAUCAAUGUUUAUUUAAAACUGUGUUUUUGUAUUGCUUUCUUCAGGUCAAAUCAACUUGAUCGAACUGAACAACUAAACAAACAAAUAUGAUCAAUAAAUGGUUUUAAAAGAGUUUUAAAUAA